GUCACUUUCAAAAUAAAAAAUCCCUAUAAAUAUUUGAAUUAUCAUGUCAUGUACAGAUGCUUCGUAAUAUUUUUAUUAUUAUCCAAGAUUAACACCAUUAUUAGUGUUACAAAUAAUGGGAUUGAAAUGAACAUGGACGGUUAAUUGUAAAGAAUACAAGGAUUAAUUUAUUGAAAAGAAGCAGAGUACCUAAAAACUAUUUUAUACUUAUGUAAGCAUUUCAAAUUCCAAAGCAAUGGAUUCAAUAGAUGAUCAGAUAAGUGAAACAAAUACUUCUUUUGAGAAUCUAUAUCCAGCACUAACACAAUGCUUUGUUAUUAUAAUUUGUGGAUAUUUUGCUGGACGUAUGAAUUGGAUAUCAGAAACAGAAGCGAAAGGAUUAAACACUUUUAUAGCAACUUUUUCUCUUCCCUCUUUAAUAUUCAUGUCUCUAGCCGAGAUACAACUUGGGCAAGUGAACUGGAUUUUUUUGUUAUCCAUAUUAUUAGCAAAAAGUAUCGUAUUUUUUUCUGUGAUAAUAGUAACGCUUUUGGUUGGAAGACCCUUGAAUUUAGGAAGGGCUGGCAUUUUUGCCAUUUUUUGUACACAAAGCAAUGAUUUUGCUAUUGGAUAUCCCAUAGUUGCAGCAUUGUACACCAACACCCAUCCAGAGUAUGCAACAUAUCUUUAUUUAAUGGCUCCAAUAAGUUUAGCCAUUUUGAAUCCAAUAUCAUUUAUACUAAUGGAAAUUGGUAAAAGGAGAAAUGGUGAAAGUAGAGAACAACUUAUAAUGGAUGGGGAACUAACAAAUGGCUCAAAUAUGCACAAAGAGAGGUUGAGGAUGGCAAUUUCUGUGAUCAAAAAUAUUUUUUUGAACCCUAUUAUACUCAUGACCAUUUUGGGAAUUAUAGGAAAUUUAAUUUUCAAGCACAAUGUUCCAGUGUUUCUCAGUGGAACACUUCAAGUCUUAGGCUCAGCUUUUUCAGCAAGCGCCUUAUUUUUACUAGGUUUGAGAAUGGUUGGAAAGGUGCACAAAUUAAAAGGAGCUACUUUGGUAGUACCUGGUAUUUUGAUUAUGGUGAAAUUAUUGGUUUUGCCACUCGUUACCAGAGAAGCUAUAAGCAUUUUACAUCCCGGAUAUAAUGAAACAGAAACUGUAGAUUUGAGUACUUAUGGAUUUUUGUAUGGUACUUUUCCAUCUGCCCCAACAGUUUUCGUUUUUUCAACGCAGUAUUCUAUAGAUAUAGAUCUGAUAGCAAGUGCAAUGGUGGUUUGUACCUUUGUCAGCGUACCACUGAUGUUUGUAUCUGCAAAAAUGAUCACCAUUACAAAUUGUGAUCCUUCCGAAUAUAUAAAAGAGCUUGAUUCAUUUACCUUAGACAUAAGUAUCAUUAGUCUCGUUGCUUCCUUGUGGGUACUGAUGGUUCUGAUAGUUACCAAAAAAAUUAUAAGAAUACCCCAUAAAAUUACAGCAGCUUUAGUUAUAUCACAGCUUAUAGGCUGUUUGGGAGCUAUUUUAUGGAAUACUUUACAACAAAAAGAAGGUUGGGCAGGCUACUUACAGUUUACACUUUUUUGCACUGGAGUUUACAGUACUAGAUUGUGGACUAUGAUUUUAGCUAUCACAUUAUUAUUUUUACAAUGCAGAAGUUUGUGUUACGUAAUAAAAUUGCAACCGGCAUUUCUUCUUUUAGGUUGGGGAUUACCCAUUAUACUUGCUGCUUUACUGUUAGCAUUUGAUAAAUCUAGUACCACGCCAUUUGACAAGAGAAAUCCGAAUUUUGUGUACGGCGCUUCACAAGCCAUUUUAGCAGUCUCCUUACUGGUGCUUUGUUUCAUAGUGACUGUAGGCUGUUUGAUACUUCACCAAAGAUAUCGUAGACGCUUAACCCGAUAUAUGGAUCUUUCUCAUGAGAUAGCCUCAGAUCAAGAUCAGUAUCAAUCUACCCCUGAAGCUGAAACUGCUACAGAUACUGCUGCUCUAAAUCCCAAUCCCAGUACCAGUUCAGACUUUUUAGCCACUGGUGUUUUAGAUAGUGUCCAGACACAACAAUGUUGCAGUUUACCUACAAUUGUUGAAGGCCGUAAUGAAGAAAAAGACAGUCCAGUGACUGACAUUGAAGAUCUUUUAGAUGAUUUUAAAAAGAAAAAUGGUAGUCCUGAUAUUAAAGGAUAUUUGACAGUUUUAAGUGACGAAGGAACCAGUCCAAAUGGUGAAGGCAUUUGUCCUGUAAGAUACGGUUGCUCUGGACGAGAAAUCUGCCAUGGUAUUAUAAAUCAAUACCAAGAACAAAUAGAUGAUGAUUUGGAACUUAUCGAAGAGGAAUCUGAAUCACAUGAACCACAAAUUUUAAGACAUACAGUAUUGUUGAUUUUACUACUUUGUUCAAUGUUUGUGGGACUUGCAUUAUCUAUUUGGACUUUGGUUAUGGAACAUAUGUCAGGUAUCUACAUCGAAUUAUCAUUCUUAGAUGCCACACUUAAUUUCGGACAAAGUAUUAUAGUUUUCGCUAUUUUCGGCUUGAAUACCAAAGAAAUUAUUUUACCUUUAUUGAAAUAUUGGAGAAAAAUAUGGUAUGGUGCUAAUACGUUGAUCUUGCCUGCGUGGGAUGAACUUAGCCCUGAAACGAAACAUAUCUGUGAUCAGUUUGUGACUCAUCAUAUUCAAAAUUGUAGAACAGCUAUAGCUAUAGAUAAAAGAUGGAGGUUGAAAAUCUACAAAAACGUAUUUUCUGGUGAAAGAUUUGUUGACUGGUUAAUAGAAGUUGGUCUAGCAAGGGACCGAGUGGAAGCUGUGAAUUAUGCAAGACAUCUUAUAGAAGGGAAAAUUUUAAAACAUAUUAAUGGAGUAUAUCAUUUUUACGAUAGAAAUUUAUUGUACACUCUAGUUUAAAUUGGAGCGAUUUUUUACAGUAACUAUAAAAAUGAUCUCAUAAUAUGUUAACAUAUUAUGCUUUGUCAAAAAUCCGUAUUACAGCUAAAUAUUCAAUUUAAUUUGAAAAGUAUCCACUGGAUCAAGAUAUUCCUUUUUUUGUUAAUUGGUAGUAAAACUUUGAUGUAUAUUUAAUAUUUAAGAUAUCGUAAUGAAACUGAUUGUUACUAUUUUUAUGAGACAUUAUUUAUGUUUAAUAUUGAAGUUACCAAAGUCAAGUUACAAAUUGUUAUCAUCUAGAUGUAGGUAAUAUAGUUAACUGAUGUAGAUAUAAGGUAUAACACUUGAUAUAAUGACAGAAAUCAGACAUACUUUCAGUCAGUCAUUAUAAUGCUUAUGUUCCAACUUAUUAAAAACCCUAUUUUCAUUCAUCAAUAAAUGUUUAUUAGUUGUUACUGAAAUGCAAGUAAAAUUUUGUGGAAGGGAUUCUAAUAAACAAUAAAAUUGUUCAAAAACCAAAAAAUCAUUAUUUGUAAUAAUUGUAAUUCUGUUUACAUAGAACUAACAACACAAUACUUGGAAAGUAGAUUUAAAAGAUAUGCAAAAUAGCAGUAAAUAACCUUAAAAUAAAUGAAAAAAAUGGAAUCUUUCAAAAAUAAUCUUGAUAAAUAAAUUUAAGAAGAAUAUGUGAUUCCAUUUUAUCAUUUUUUUAUGUAUGUACAUCAAUCAUUUGAAAGCUACCACAUUUUUAUUUGCCAUUGGAAGCACUGGUCUAAAGUAAGUUCUCCAAAAUGUCUGAUGUCACUGUUUGUUUAAACCCUUAAGGCUAGAUUCGAAAUGGUUUUAACAAACAUUUUAAUGUUUUAAAAAGGUAUUUGUGACCCUUUGGAUCCUUACUAACCACUAUUUUAUAUCUGGUACAUUUAUGUCCCUUUUUUACAGAAAAAUCUGCACGACACUGCGGUUUGCUCGAUAUUUUCUUUAAUAUUGCACGUUACUAAAAAAUGUAAAAAAUUUUAAAGUUAAAUAUAAACUAUGCCACGUCAUGAACCACUUGAUGAGGUUAAGUCUAGCAGAAACUGAUAAGUAUAAAUUUUGUCAGGAGAACUAUGAAACUGCAGUUCACCAUUACAAGCAUAUGAAAAAAAUGAUAUGGACAAGAUGCCCUUUUUGAAGCCAACUCAAAUACUCGAGUCCAUUAGUACUUUCCAAUAUGUACGGGGUAUUUUAAGUCAACUAAAAAUUUAAGUUUAGAUCUGUAUCUUAUUAUGGUUGACUGAAUGUCUUGUCGUUCUGUCUAAAAUGUUUCAAAUAUCGAAAGUUAUUUUGGUAAAAUAUUUAUAGAAUGUGAUACAUAAUAUUAAUUUUUAAUUAUUUACACAAGAUACAAAAAUAUUGCCAAAAUAUGCAUUAAAAUAUAUGUAGCUUGCCUUAAAAAUUAUCCAUUGAAUGCCUGGGCAGCUUAUGUAAGUGGAAAUUUUGAUACAUAGUUUAAAAAUUUGUAUUCAAUAAGUUAACAAUCAUUUGAGAAGAAUGACAGAAGAAACUACAAAAUGAAUCAUUUUUGGAGGAUGGCUACAUACGUUUAAUUAUAAAUAAUUAUUAAAUACAUUUCCUGCACAAACAAAAUUAUAGAUCAACUUCAUUUUUUAUUAUGAAUUAAAUUGUGAAGAAUAUUGUUGAAAGAGUUGGAAUAAUUUUUUUAGAUGUCACUAAUUCUAACUUCUUAGUAAAUAUGUAUAUUUCAGGUCGGAUCUGGUGGAAAGAGAACUAAAUAAAUGUCAAAGUGAGGCAUCGGGAAAUUCCAAAAAAGGAUAAUAAAAAACUUAAGGAGGGAAUCCAAACAGAGUAGAUAUAAAUCAGCGAAGGCCGGAUAAGACAAAUAUCAGUGGAUGAAAUAGAAUGAAUAUGGAGGAACAAAAAAAGAAAAUAAAGAAAAAAUAAAAAAUUUAUGACAAAUAUCGUAUAAGAGUAGAUUAAAAAAGGAAACAAUUGCAUUAAAUAGGAAGAUAUAAAAAUAGAAACAGUUGAUUGUAACGAGCAUCAAUGAAUGAAAGAGAAUGGACAGAACAAGUAGAGGAAAAUAGAAAAGCAAUAAAAAGUUUGCAACGAUAAUCGUAUAAGAGAGGAAAUGCUGCAAAUAUGAAGGAACGAAGAGAUGGAAAAAAAGAAGUUAAAUGCGACAAGUAUCAGUGGAUGUAGCAAUAAAAAAUGGUUAAGAUCAUCUAAGAGAAUAGUGGAUAGCAGAAGAAUUACAUCCAACAACAUGUAGAGGAAGACAGAGAAGUAGAGUGAAAAUAUGUGAAAAACUUUGAUUUCUGAUAAGGUAAUCUUAGGAACCAAAAAUUUAACCAAUCCAUUAAAAAUAUGCAUAGACACUAAGUUUUUCUUUACUUUUGCAACAAUAUUCUGGGUAAAAUUAUUUUAUUAAGCAUGAAAUUUAAAAAUGUUAGAUUAUAUUUUUGUAAAUGUUUGUUGUUGCUAUUUACAAAUGUGAAUAUUUAAAUAUUUAUAUAAUAUUUAAAAACUGAUCAUUUCAUACUGCAUGCAAAACAUUAUCGCUUCGCAAGCCGUUAUUUGUACAUAAUAGGUUGCAAUACAUUAAAUAUUACAGGCCUGUUACAGGACUAGCAGAAGGCUUAUGUUUUUAACGGCACUUGGUCGCCAACUAUUUAGCUAUGAACUAGGAUUACAGUACUCAGUUGUAGUUGUAGGUUACACAUGAUUUUAUUUUACUGAUUUGGCAUUUUAAUCCCUAAAUAAUAUACAACUACAAACAAUCCACAUUUGCAAAUUAUAGUUUCAACAAAUGUAAUCAGAACAUAUUUCAAUUGACUAAUAACUACAGUUUGUUUCCAAUAUUUCUUGUUUGUUUCAUAAUUCUUUAAAGUGGUCACCUUAUUCCUCUUUUAAUCGUUUUGGUUAUCGUACAGCAGUUUCUCUUUGUUUUCUAGUUUUCUUUUAUUGGUUUUUGAAGUGAACAGGCUAUCAUCUGAAUUCUGAAAUUCUGCUUAUACAAUCGAAAACCUAGUUAUUACUGUUAAUUGAUACUGCUUUACCAAUUAUCUUCUUCAUAGUCAGAAGUUAAAAGAAAAAUAUAAAAGAUUGUAUCAAUUCAAACCAUACAUCCUUUGCCUUUUAUUUAAGAUUUUUAUUUAUUUUUAUUUUUAAACUGACAUUUUCAUUCUGUUUGGUAUGAGCUUGGUAAUAUUUGAUUUUUCAAAAUACCCAUGUUCCAAAUCAAACCAAAUGCUUAUUUCAAUAGACAAACUUUAUUUCCAUUAUAACUUAUACAGUUACCAAAAAACUGUUUAUCAGUCUAAACAGUAAAUAGGCUAUGAAAUAUUUCUGAUGAAUUCUCCAAUCGAAAUAUGAAAUUGGGUUACGUAAACCAAACUUGAGGUAUUCCGUUUGUGAAAUAUAAUCGAAAUUUUUAUUCAUUAUUUAAAAAUUAUUGUAAUAAGUACAUACUUUGGGAAUUGAAAUUAUUUCGAUUAUAUACAGAAUUACAGCUAGUUGUUUUAUCAUGUUUGAUGAUUUUGCAGCCUACAAUAAGUUGUUUCAAAUUUAUUUGUAUAUGAUUGUGCAGCCAAAAAUUAUAUACAAAUUAAUAAACAUAGGCUGAAGUAGAGACAAUAUGGACAUUAAACCAGUUUGGAAAGUAUUUUGUAAAAACUGUAGGUUUUGUAAAUUAUGCAACUGAAUUAUAAUUGUAGCUCAAAACACAUCGCUUAUUGUUUGAUAUGUUGUUGGUAAAACAAUAAAUGUUACAUAUAAAAAA